AUGUCACCAUCCAAUUCGAGUGCCAAGACGACUACCAACAUGGACUUGUGCCACGUCGAGGUGCAGCUUACGCCAGAAGCUGACGUAGACUUCACCGAGGCGGCUGAUGCGGUUUGUCGCGGGUUAGGAAUGUUUCAAGUGGCUGUGGAAAUACCGAGCGUACACAAAUUCACUGAUACAAGUAGCGGCGGAAAUACCAGCCAGUUAUCCACCCACUUAUUGCAACAUUUAAACAACGAAUUACGCACCCAGAUUGAGUUGGUGAGGUUCACAGACGAUACACACACACUCACCCACACAAACCCACACACUCACUUCCAAGCACACGCAUACCAGCUCUAUAGCGAUACCGCACUCGAUCUGCACCACUUAACCGAGGACGAUGAGCAUGAGCACGACAACGACCAACUCUCCACCGAGAAAGCAGCUUCCGUCCUUGACUUGCCCAGUACUGCGACAGACGGGCUGUGGGAUACGCUGGUGUAUGACGAGGCGAUCAAGCACAAUCUGCUGCAAUACAUCAACACAACGCUACGUUUCUCAGCACACGAUAUUGAUCCGCGAGUUAUUGCGUGGAACCGGAUAGUUCUGCUACACGGUCCACCUGGUACGGGCAAGACGAGUCUGGCGCAGGCCCUUGCGCAUAAACUGAGCAUACGUCUCAACACGCUCUAUGUAUCAGGUCGACUCGUCGAGAUCAACGCCCACUCCCUCUUCUCCAAGUGGUUCUCCGAGUCGGGAAAACUCGUGCACGCGCUGUUCGAGAUGAUCAACAGGCUGUGCGACGACGACGCUGUCUUUGUCACCCUGCUCAUCGAUGAAGUCGAGUCGCUUACGGGCGCCCGCCAAGCUGCGGUCAACGGUAACGAACCUAGUGACGCUAUCAGAGUCGUCAACGCCCUGCUCACCCAGAUAGACAAACUUAAACAAAGGAAAAACGUUCUCAUCAUAGCUACCUCUAACAUCACAGCUGCUAUUGAUGACGCUUUUGUUGAUAGAGCUGACAUUCAGCAGUAUAUCGGCAACCCCUCCACUAAAGCUAUAGAAGUCAUCUUGGGCAGUUGUCUGGCUGAGUUGUUUGAGAAAAACCUCCUCAUCGACGACAACACUUCUCUCAACACUAUCGCUGUUCUCUGCAAGAAGAAGGACGUCAGUGGUAGAUUCCUGAGAAAAUUGCCCCUCCUCGCUUUCGCACACACUAAGACAGAACUGCCCACCAAGAAGCUCAUUAUCGACGCUAUGAAAACAUGUAUUGAGAAUAAGUGA